UCUAGCAGACGACAGAUGUUAUCACGUCAGUUACGUUGCUGAGCUGUGAACAUAGAUUAUUUGGCUUAGUAUUUUUGUAGUUUCAUUUCUUCAGAAAUAAUUACAAUAAAGUGAACUUUCAGCUGAUAUAUUUUACAUAGUGUUAUGGCUACUUCAGAUGCAGUUGUAAAAACCACUGAUGCAAAAUUCAAUAUUCGUGUGGUACAUGAUACUUUUUCAGCUUCUCUUCUCGACGAUGAUGAUGUCGAAAUGGAUAAUUAUUUAUUAGCAUACAAAGAACUGUAUAAUUUUUUCCAGCUUAUGGGAAAAGUAUUUGGCUUUGUUGCAUCAGAUGUGAAAAGCAAAAUAGAAAUUCUUGAAGACCUCCGUAGAGGGGAAAAUGGAGAACAUUUUUCAACUGUAAAGAAAAUGAUUAAAUAUGAAAGUGAAAAUGGGCUUUUAAAUAAAUCUGACUACACUUCUGGUAGCCGUACCUUGCUGCGACUACACAGAGGAUUAGAUUUCAUCAGGCUAUUCCUGCAAAAAGUAGGUGAUCUUUGUGAUGAAGAUAAGACAUGUGGUGUUUGUCAAGAAGCUUACAAUUCUACAUUAGCCAAUUUUCAUCCUUGGAUAGUACGUAAAGGAGCAAUUAUGGCAAUGUAUGCUCUUCCCACCAGGGGAGGCUUACUGCAGAAGGUAUGUGGUCCUGAUGAAGUGCAGCAUGCAAUAGAUAUACUGCCAAAAAUGUUACAAGUGACUGAUGAUGCCUAUGAUCGCACUCAAAGACAUUAUACUGAAAAUGAUCUUCAUGACUUGCCUUAGCUUGCCCAUCUGGUUUACUGACAUUCUGUAAAAUGGGUUAUUUGAUAUGGAACAAUGCAAUAACAGAAUGUUAAAAGCUGAACCCUUUAAAGCCAAAGCUCAUGAAAGUAAUAUUUAAAAAUUUAUUCUGUAUCACAAAGUAAAUACAACACUUCACCAUUACAAAGAUCAACUGGUUAUUGCUGUGUGAGGAAAUAUUCCUUGCUUAAAGUGACAGUUAUACAAAACCCAUAAAUACAAAGUGAAGUGUUACUGACUUUUAAAGCAGAUGGUACAUAUAGUUACCAUUCAGCUUUAAAUAGUUAAUUGGGUUAUUUGUGUGGAAAUAAUGAAAGCAGGAUUGUGAAAAAAUUAAUAUUUUAAGCAUUUAUAACAAAAUUAAGGUACAAAAGAUUACUUUAAUUAAAGAUCUAUACAUUUUAAUUAAGUUUUUAUUCAUCUUAUUUGGGCAGCUUUGAGAGAAACAAUGGGGAAAUACCCAGUAACAAAAUCUGUGUGAAGUGAAGGACUUUAAUUUAUCAGUAAGCCAUGAAUUUUAGAUUACAAAAAUAAUAUAGUUCUUUUGCAGAGGGACCACAAUUUCUGUAUUAGAUAGUCCUUAAGAUGGUUUCCUUAGGUUAAGUAGAACAAUUCACCCAGUUCAUGAAUGCUCAAAUAUGUUAAUUUGCUUCUUAAGAUUAAAAGAGAUGGAAAAUAAAACAAAUAAUGGAACUAUUGAGUUAUGAAUUUUGGUGCUCAAAUAAGGGGUUGUAAUAUUUAGAGAGUUAAUUUUAGUGACCUUGGAGUUCAGAUAUAUUCAUAACACUGACAUGGGUCAUAAUAACUGUAGCUGUUUAUCCUGCAAGUAGUUAUCCUUCUGAAAGCUUAAGUGAUUCAGUAUUUCUUGAGACAAGUAACAUUUAAAAGGUUCUUUCAUAGGUGCAAUAUAUCAUAUGCUAUAACUGAUAAUCCACCAUUUUUCAGAUUCUUGGUAUUUUAAUAUUACCCAGUUUCUCUUUUUGUACAACACCUUUAAGAGAAUAGCAUGGUAUACAGAUUACAUUAACAAAAGUAAUUAUAAACUUGUCCCUGUGCUUGUAUGAAAUAUGGAAGAGUGAAGGUAAAAGUCCAUACAUUCUUAACUUCAGCAUUAGAUGGAGAUAAUGUUCAGCUUCACAUUCCAACCAUUAUGCUCUUGAGGAAAGGUUACCCAUUAGAAAGGAGGUUAGAUGUAUCCCCAUAGUUCAUGUGCUUGCAGUUUAAGGAGGGAAAAUUCUUGCCCCUGCUUAGUAAAAAUUCUGCUUCCAUGUGAGCAUUUAUCAGUGUGGGCAUUCAUCCGUGUGAGCAUUUAUAACAGUGGGCUUUCUUCUGUGCUGAAUUUUCAUGUGAGCUUUUAUCAUGUGCACAUUUAUCUGGUCACCUAUUUUCUUAUGUAUGCCAUGUCAUGAAUGUCUCUCAGAACAGCAAAAGUGCUUGUUACAAAAACAGAAAUUCCCUCUUUCUUAUCAGUGAAGUGGUAUUAGUACUAAAAUAAAAAAUGUGCAAUUGUUGGUAUUAUUUCCUAAUGUACAUAACAAUUUAUAAUAUGUCCUUGGAAACAUCUGUAAGAAAAUUUUAACAGCUUUAAAGUAAUGAUUAGAUAAGUAGAGAAUAUGGUUAUCAGUUACCAUAUCACAUGGUUAGUAAACAGUUAUCAAGGUACUUUGAAGCUUAUAUAUUAAAUUAAUUAUUACUAACUGUUAAGAUUAUAUUUUAUCUGUAUGAAACUGUACCUGGAAUUACUUAGUGAAUGUACUUGCUUCCUGUAUUAUGAUUUAGUAUGCCAUUGCAGUUUAUAAAGACAUUACCUAAAACACCUGAUUUUAGGUUAACUUGGGGGUUAUGGUGAGAUUGCAGGAAGGAAAGAAUGCAGUUCCUAUCUUAUAUGUAUGGUUUCAGAUAUAAAUCUGGUUUUCAUGUGCCUGCCUGUAAUAUUUUCAAACAUUUGGUUGUUGAAUUACUUUAAUACUGUUUGAGUAACACACCUGCCAUAUUUUUCAUAGAUUUUUGUUGAAUAUUUAAAAUCCCUCCACUUCCCUUUCAAAAGCUAGUGCAUUUAAUUUUUGUGUAUGGGAAAUCAACAUUCUUGGUAGUAUUUUUUGUUAUGCAAUACCAAAAUAAAAUAUUUGAUGUAAGAUA